AUGGCGGACUCCGAGACAGAAUGUUUACCAGCAGAUUGGGAAGACAAUGAUCGAAUGAAUUUUAUGUUUUCCGCUUUUCCUGAGAGCAGAGAGGUGAACCCAAAACACUGGGACUCUAAGCUGAAUUUUUGGAGUAAAGCAAUUCUGGAAAACUGUGAACACCACGAAGAUAUUUUUAUUAAUUUGGCGACCUUGAAAUGUCGGUUUACGCGAAACAGUUUGACACCGCUCGGGCUUCGCAUUGUACUGAAACAAAUGAUUCAGCAAGGAAAGCUUGUACGAAAACAGGAUUUUAUGAACUUUAAUAACGAUGGCUGGAUGUCGUGGUCUUUUGGAUUGGCGAAGAGAUCUUUUUGGUGGGGUGUCCAUACUGUAAUGGGAAGCGAUGAUGCCGUAAAUCUGGAUGAUAAAUUCGUUUUAGUCGAUGCAGCAAAGGUAUAGAUUACAUUUACUUGGAGUAUUAAAAGUUUACAAAUUCCAGAUAUCAACCAGAGUUUACUUGUCCCAGAUCCGUUGCCUGGACCCCCCCUUCCCCCCCUCCCCCCAGAGUCUUACUGAAAGCUGUUGUGACUGUAGCCCAUCCUUGAUAUGAUUUUUUUAUUCAGUUAAUUACUUCUUUAUGCCAUAACCUUGACAUGAACAAGAAAAACAGGAAAAGGAAAACCCAACUAGGAAAACUCCUUUUCCUUCUGAGUUGUCAGCACUGACAUAAAAUCAAGCAUAUCUACUGCUGCUGCUCGUUAUUCAAUAAAUUUGCAAAGCAAUACAACGUGUUCGUGAGUAAUAAGGUAGCUUUUUUCAUUGUGUAAAUUUUCUGAUGUUGACUUAUCGCUUUUUCAAACUCAAAAGUUUUGUUACACACAACAAUGUAACGCAGAGGAAACUUGUAGCACUGAAUAACAAAAACACAUUUUUUGCUCCAUGCAGGUAAAAAAUUGUAUAUGUGUGUCUGACUACCUAGUGUCCGAGCGUAUUAAAUGUGUCGGUGCAGUUAACAGAUACUGUGAUAGUCAGAAAUAUUUGCCAAAUUCCCAUAGAAAACACUUUAUGCAUCACCCCCUGGGAAUGGUCUAUAAUUGACAAUUGCUAAUAAGGCAUGCUAAUUGCUGACUUUUGAUAACAAAAAAUUUGUAUCUUAUUUGAAAAAAUUUUGAGAGCUUAUGCAUCAAGGAAAAGGAGAGACUCUUGUACAAAUAGUUGAAACUGCUGACAAGAUUUAACUGGUGUGUGUUAAAAAUGUUUAAAGAUUCUAACAGAAUCACUCUCUGAGCUUGGCUGCUUACUAGAAAAUCAGAAAAUUUUAAUACCCUGAGUAACCUAACCUUUUGAAAAGUGUCUUCCAUUGUGGAUAAGAUUUGAUGGCAGAAGCCACCAAUUUUUAGCCUUCUCCCUCUUUUAUUCCAUCUCUUUUGUGGCCAGGUUAUUAUUUUAUUAAUGACUGUUUUCACUAUUAAUUUAGAAUUUUAAGUAUAUAUGAGUUGUUUUUAAAAUAGUUCUUGUGCAUGAUGACAUCAUUUAUUGAAAAAUCACUCCCAUGCCUUAUUUACACUAAACUUUUCGUGAAUCUUUGCCAAUUUCUUGUUGUGUCUAUUCUAUAUUCUUUGGUUUCAGUUUGAUAGGAGUACUUUCUCAUUAAAACUCAUCAGUCUUCACCAAGUGAGGCUUGGGGUUGUAAUAGUAAUAAUUAUUGAGUCUUUAGAUGUAAACAUGUAUAGGGUCUAUUGUAUAAUAAUAAUAACAACAACUUUAUUUAAGGAGGGUAACACAUAACAGUAAUUCAACUGAUGCACUAGUGGCUCUCGAUCCUAAAAGUACCUUAUUAGAGUUAAAAUGUAUAAAAUGUUUGUAAAAUGAAUUUGAGAUUACGGUUACAACACAGCAAUCACCAUGGUUUAAAGUUAAUUCUCCCAGCUGAAAACCAAACAUUUUAUUGUCAGCUUGCUAUUAGGCCUUUGCAUUCAGUAGGGUAGCCAAAAAUGCACCUUCUAGAUGAUGAUGAUGAUGAUGAUUUCCUUUUGAUAGCAAUAACAAACUGACACAUAAUAGAUGCAAUUUUGCACAGGACAUUUAUAGGAUCAGGCUCUGCCACUUUUUCAAGGUCAAAUUAUAAUUUAAGAACUGGAAAACUCACAGAAAAAUCAACAGAGCAAAGACAAGAACCCAUAACAAAUUCAAUCUACAUAUGAUGCCAGGAUUGAGAAGGAAACCUGGCUGGCAGUGGUGGGAGGGAAACUCUCUUACUUCAGAACCCUCCCUGCUCUUUGCAAACUUUUCAUUACCCACACCCCCUCCCUCAUCCUCUGUCCUUUGGAAUUUAGUUUAUUUAAGUAUUAAAGAGACUUAGCUACUGAUAACUUUCCAGGGACAUCUUUAAGUUGAAUUAAACUCCAAAGUGUCCCUUUUCUUUUCAGAUUUUAAAUGUUAAAUUUCACAUGAUGCAAACUUAACAAUUUUGUUGUGAUUUCUUUGUCUGAAGGAAAAUGCAGAAUGGCUUCUCGCCAAACAUUACGCAGGCGUGCAAUGUGAAACAACAGACCAUGUUAUACCAUGGAAUGUGAUGAAAAUGCGUUGUAAGAAGUUUGAUGAUGAAACCCUCGAAGUUCUUUUGGCAUAUUUACAACAGCAUGGUAAAGCAGUUGUAUAUGUUACACCUGAAGGAGAGAAGGUAGGUAUCUGUGGUGCUUCAGAAUUCAUGAGAGUGGAUAAUACUUAUAUCACUGGGGCUUGUCAUGUAAUGUGCACUGAAUAAUACUCAUUGAACUAUUGAUGUACAAGAUAUAACUUUGCUACUCAAUCAAGGGGUUUAUGAAGAAAAGUUUGGACAAAGAUUACGUGUGAGUUCAUUAUUUUGGUGUGAAUAGGUUGCCUGUGAUUGAGGACAGCCUAUGUAUCACAAACCACUAACUUUAAAUUUUCCUUUUAGUGGCUUUUGACUGUGAUUUUUUGAUAUAAAAGCUUUCAUUUCAUAAAUAGGACGUAAUAAAAUUUGUCACCGGACUGUAUUUGAAACUUCAAACCAUGUUUUCAUUGGAUAAUAGACCAGCCUUGAAGUCAAAGGAAAAAAAAGCAAAGGUGUAAAAUAUAUUGUGGUCCUUUACACCCCAAUUUAAACCUUUAACUCCCAAGAUCUCACUAGUAAUUCUCCUCACUGUCUGUCAUUAGAUUCUUAUUAUGACAACUAAUUGACAAUUUUUGUAGGUUAUCAAGUUUGCAAGAAAAGGUGAAGAAAAGGUGACAGCAGUUUCUGACAAUGAUGUUGAUAUUGUGAGGUUAGAUGUCUAUUCUUGUUUUUCUAAAAUGCCCUUAAGAAGUUUGCAGUAACUAUCAAAUGUUAUUUAUUUCCCAUUCACAGAAAUGUUCAAAAGCUGUUUCAUCAACCCUUUAAAUCUUAAGAUCUCAUUGUUGAUUCUCCCUUUUAGCUACUACACAAUUUCUUGCUAAUAAGUUAUGAGAAUUUGGUGUUAGAUCAAGAUAAAAACUUCAACCUGAUCAUUUUGGAAAAAGGAAUGUAAAAAAAAGUUGCCACUGACAUUUUGGUUACUACUGUUGCCUUCUUCAGCAAAGAUGAAAAUGCAAGCAUAUGGUGUUUGGCCAACAAAGAAUUUUCAUCCAAUGUUGCUAUGGCCUUUGUGUGUUCUUUUUGGCCAACAAAGAAUUUUCAUCCAAUGUUGCUAUGGCCUUUGUGUGUUCUUUUGUGCUUGUUUUUAGUGUGUGCGCUGUCUGACCAGUGUAAACACAAUCACAGUCUUUACAUUUGAUCUUGUACACGAUGCCUCUCUUUUUGUCUUUUGGCUUUUAAAGUAUGCUUGAGAUGGAGUGGAUAGGCUUGUGGGUGACCUUGAUGUUGAAACAUAUACCAAGCAGGACACCGUUAAACAUUAUUUUGCAUUUUUAUCUUUGCUGAAGAAGGCAACAGUUACUGUAGUAGCUGAACCGUCCAAAAAAAAAACAUUUUUUGGCCAGUGUCAACUUUUUUUAUUCUUUUUACCAAAGUUUUUAAUAUGCCUGGCUACACACUGAAUAUUUUUAAUUUCAACCUGAUCAGUAUAAGUAUUCACAUUACCUGUUUAUGGGAUAUUGUAUGGAUAUUACAGGAAGAGGUUAUAUGUUGAAAUUGUUUUCUUCAAAGAAGCUGCUUAAACCAAUUUUUGUUGACUUCAAAUUUAGGACACUGAAAAUACAAGUUACUGAUUACACAAACCUUUUGGAAAAUUCUGUGAUUCAAGUCUCUGUUUUUCAGAUUUUCAUUCAAUUUAACACAGUUUAACUAAACUUAUUUUGCUGGUGUGAAUGGGUAUUAGUUAAUGAAAUAAAUCUUGUUGAGCCUUUAAGAUCUCUAUUGAUCCAGUGCAACCAUCUGUUUGUUCCUUUUGUACUGCCAUUUGUAUUCAUUUCAUUAUUGUAAGGUGUUCUCAAAAUUACAUAAUUAUAUAAUAUGUGAUUAUGUUUAUAUACACCAGUUUAUAUUAGUGAAAGAAUAUGAUUUUAAAAUACUGUUUUAAAAAAAUCUGUACCUUUGCAUUUGAGCCUGAGUUUACUGCAGAUGCAUUUCAAUCUAUUAUCUCUAGGCUCCGGAAGACAGUGGCCAGCCUAACUCUUCAAGUAAAUAAACUGUCAGAUGAAGUUGAAAGGUGAUGAAUGAAUUGUUGUCAUUUACUUUUCUAUGAUCUUGUACAUAGCAGGGACUGUGAUUUGUGAUGUGUAUUAAAAAUUAUUAUUAUCUUUAUUCUUGAAGUUGUAGAUUACAAGCAGCUGGUUUUGCAAAGGAAGGUUCUAGAACAAAGGUGGGUACAAACCUUCAUUUAAGACACUUCUGAUUUUUUCAUUUGCUACAUGCAAAAACUGCCAGAUAGUUUGAGUGUUUUAGUAAGUUGCUGUAGUGUGGACUUUGUAUGUCAGUCAUUGUUUCAUUUAGUCAAUCAGUGUCUGUUUGUUUGUCAGUCAGUCAGUCUGUCUGUUAAGCAGUCAAUUAGUCUUUUGUUCAGUCACUCACUCAGUCAGUCAGUCAGCCAGUCUGUCAGUCUGUCAGUCAUCAUACAACUUAAAAAUAUAAAAACCACUUUCUAAGGUGUGUUUAUUUUGCAUAACAGGCCCUUAAACUGCUUCGGAGAAAGGAACUAAGAAAACGAACAUUGGACAAGGCAAUUGCAGACUUGCAGUCAUUUGAAGAAAUUUUACAUAGAAUCCAAAAUGCGCACACAGAUAGAUUGGUGAGAAAUGACUGCUUUGCACAUUUUAGUAAUAUGAUAAUGAAUACCUUAAGGUUGGCAUACAGAAUGUAAGGCUUUAUGUGAAACUGUAUUAUUGUUCCCUUUAUAUAAAAGUGUAAGUCUUACAUUUAGGCCAAGCCAUUCAUAGCACAGAAUUGUAUCUUGGGCUUAUUACACAAUGCAGUGUCAACUGACCGAAAGUAUUGCCAUUUCCUUUGGAUUGCAUGUUACUCUAUAGUCUGUUGCAGGUUCAGUAGUUUGUCAGAAUUAAUUAACAGAUUUCUUGUGCUGACCCUCAUUCCCAGCAUUCCUCAUAUUCUUACCCCCUCUCUUUCUCCAAGGGGGGAGGGGUUGUGAGGGAUUAUUGGAACAAGGGUGGAGUACCAGCAAACUGUCAGUGAACUCUGGUAAAAUGUUGUUGGCUUUGUCCCCCCUUUAUAAAACAUGAUGGGAAGAUGUACAGUGUACAAAGGCUAUAGUGUCUUACACAUUGACAACAGCAAUGGCUUGAAUUUUUUAGGGCUUAUAAUCUUUUUUUGUGCCUUUGUAAAUCUCCCAAGUUUGCAUUUUCUAUCUCUUGUUAGGUUAUCGAGGCUUUGAAGGCAGGAACAGCAGCACUGAAGGGGGCACAUUCAGGCAUGACAAUUGAAAAAGUCGAGGAUGUAAUUGAUGACCUUAAUGAAGUGAGUCCAUUUCAGGUUUCCUUUUUCAGAAAAAGAAUCUGACAUAACAGUAACCAAAAAUUAUACCAUUAAGGGGAUAAGUUUCUAGAGAAAGUGGUUCUGUGUCAGUUGGGGGGGAAGGGUGGUAUUACAAGACUGUUUCGUUUUAUCUUCUGAGUUGAUAAAGUAAACUGACCACUGUAAAGAGUUUCUAAAGCUGAUGUUUCGAGCAUUCGCCCAUAUCACUCCACCAGCAUACUGAAUGCAUUGUACAUUUGUAAUGGAAAUUGAACUGAGUGGAGUGCAAUUUUGGUCUGAAAUCAUAAUUGUAAGUGAUUUCAAAACCACUCUGUUCAAUCACAUCCACCUGACUUUGCAAUUACAAAAUUCAAUGAUUCAAAUACAGAAUUUUUAAGUUUGUGCAAAUAUUUUAUUGAUCCAGUACUGAGCUGGUUUGUAGAAAGUUGCAAAAAUUGUUUUUUUCCCUUGCAAUUUGAUUGGUUGCAUUAAACAAGCCUCGAAACAUGAUAAGUUGUUGUUGUGUUGAAGUAAAGAAGUAAUCUAGAGCAAAAAAUGGUGUGAUUUGUGGUUAAAUUGCACCUGUGAGAGCCAAUCAGAUUGUAAGGAUCAGCAGUGAUUUCAAAAUAGAUGUAAUAUAUUCAAGAACUGUUGAGUGGAGUAGAUUUUAACCCCCCUGGCCCCCGUUUUUAAAAAAUAGCUCGAGGUAAAGAUCAUUGGCACAAAGCAGCUCAUAAUUCUAUAAUUCCAGCUGCUUAGAGCUUGAUACUGCCAACAGCAAAGAUAAGGAGGGCGGUAAAAUAUGUAAGAAAUCGUCACAUAAAGGGAGUAAAUGAUGAAAGUCAACCGAUUCCGAGCUGUUGUUCAUUUAUGAAUCAGCUCAACAGCGUUUAAACAUGGGUUCGAAAUGUAGACAUGUAUCCCAUCUGUAGUGACGCAUUUAAAUGUUGCAUUGGGACUGAGAAAGAACACGUAUAAGUGUCUGUUUGAAUUUCUUUGAUGCAGGGAAUAAAUGAAUCUCAAGACAUAAAUUCAGCGAUAUUGGAAGGUGAGGUGAACCGAAUUGCUCUAUAUUUCUCGCUUCUUUGAGUGGGCACUCCACGAGGUAAAAUGUUAGCGCGCCGCGCAGAACUCUGGGAGUGAGGCGCACGAAAAGUCACUCAGCCGUGCGGAGGUCAAACGGCUCUCUUUCCUAGUUUGGAGUCCUUACUUUAAGUGCGCCUCGCUCCCAGAGUUCCACGCGGCGCGCAUACGUCAAUUUUUUUUCCUCGGAUAUUUUUUUUCUUUUGACUCGCUUGACGGACUUCAUCGAAAAGGAGGGACUGCUCAUAGUCUAUUCUGAGAAAUAACUUUUUCCUUUGGAUUUCCAGGGCAAUCCAGCGUUUCACUGGUUUUGCUCAACAAUGAGAUGUAAACUUCGACAAAAUCGUGUCUUAGACAUUUUUACGAUUUUUGCGCUUGUAAAUACCAAUAAGUGGUGUUGUUCGUUUAGAAUUGUAUACGUCAAGUUCUCUUUUUCUCCUGAUUGACUUGCCUUUUUUAUGAUAAGCUGUUAAAUUAAUUUGAUUUCGAUCGUAUUUCUUGUUAACUUCUGCUUUUCCCUCUUUCAUCAUGUCAGUAUCAACCUUUUUUUGUUUAAUUUUACAAUACCCAAAAAGUUCAUUUUCAUCUUCAUUUCAGGUAAUGUACGACGACUUUCUGAGGCAUCUGGGAUAGGACCGGAUGAGAUGGAGGAACUGGAACGAGAAUUAGAGAGCCUCGAUAUCGGGGAAAAAGGUAUUGUCAAACUUGCCGAACUGAUCGUUUUGCUAUAAAUUAGCCUGAGAUGAAACUCAUUUAGGCCCUCAGUGCACUCAGUUUAUGACAGUACAAUGUAGUUCAAAAGUGAUUCUUGAGAGAAUUUGAGCUCUGACCAGUUUCGCUUUCACGGGGGAAUGCAUCACCAACUGAAUUACAGAGAACUUGUUUAGGAGCUCGGCCAUAUAUUAUGUUCAUAUCAUAUGACAAGAGUCUUCAACAGGUGUGUUAUGUUUUUCUCCUUUUUAGAUUCGGGCUCCGCUGCGGGUUACCAGUACCACUCGACUUCAUCUAGGGUAGCUCAAAGGCCUGGUUCGGACACGGAACUUCCCAAGUUACCUCCAGUCCCCUCGCACAGCCCGGAUGCAUCUGAAAAUCUAUCAACGAGACAGAAAACAAAGAGCCUUGUAGCCAGCUAAGUUAUUUUAAGAAGCCUGGCCUCGCUUUAAGCGGGAAGUGAAUGUAGGGGGACAAAUGAACAUUAUUACGAUUUACCUUUCCGUGCUGUUGUUGGCGUGAUGUUGUACGAAGUAAAUUGUAGUUUUCAUUUUUGUGAUUAAGAAAAUUAUCGAAGGGCAAAUUUUUAGCUUCCUAUAGAAAAGGUGGAAAGAGUCACACGCCGGCUUCUUAAAAUCGAACGGACACUGCAAAGAAACCUCCAGCCCAACGAUUAAUUGAGAAUAGCUAACAUUACCAUCCCUCUACCUCCUCCCCAGUCCUCAUUGGGUAAGAACUCGUGCAUCUCAAUCUAAGAAGUCUUUUUUGUUCAAACUUUAGACCCGAAAAAAAAAUCUCAAUUGCCUUCGUAUCGUACUGAAUAAUUCAACGCUCUUUCCCCAUAGACCGAUUGGGACAUAAUGGAACAUUUACUCCUGGGACAUUGGGGUUGCUAUGAGAACAGACGUAAAAUAUCAAACUAGACGAUCAAAUGUCCCUUCCCCUGUAUUAUUUGGGAUAUGAAACCAUGGCAAUACGCACACAUCACGUCUCUGAUACAACUUUUAUCAGGGAGUUUUACAGUAUCAGAGAACAGAUUUCAAAUCUUCCUAAACACAUAACUGGUUGAUACGUAGAAACGUAAGUGUUUGAUGGACAAGCGGGUAAGUAAGUGUUUUAUUUUGAUGGAUAUCUGUAUGGGUUAACUUUAGCGCGUAAAAUAUCAUUUAUUGAAAGGAUACAGAAUUUAUGACAGGUCAUAUUGUUAGCACAACAGAAGCCUUCAACUAGAUUUUGAAUUAUUUUAUUUGUAAAUGUAAACUUGCUUGUUAUCCUUAGUCAUUCCCCUUUUUGUUGUAUGUAUGCGAUUCAAAUAAAAAACUUCUUUUUCAUCUUUUAAAGUAUUUCCGUUUAUCUCCAAGCUACUAGUACUCUCCAGUUAUCUGCCGUCUCAGAGAAGACAGAGUAUGCCUCUAGUUAGGUAGACUGUUAAGACCGUGCGCUCAUGUUCAAGGACAUAAGCACGCAUGAAAAGUUUUUACGUGUUACAGCUUUUCGAUAUCGCGUUAGGGUUAUCGUGAGAGGUUAUUGGUAAUCAGGCUACAUUGCCUUAUCGAGGCAAAAAUAACAAAUGUUGCACGCACAUCUAUAAGUAUGAAUCAAUUCUAAUCAUUUUCAAUAGUUUUAAAAUUUUGUCGUGUGUGUAAGCUGAGAGCACGUUAACAAAAGCCAAACAAUGCGAAUGCUGGGUGGGAACUCAUUUUCUCUGUCAACCUCCAUGCUUGUGACAACAUUCUGACAUUUUACAGGCCGUCGAUAUUAUAGUUUCAUCGCACUCAGGCUCCUCAUGCAAAAAUAGUGAAAAACAAACGAGAAAGCAACACAAAAAGGCGAUUCGUAGAAUCUGGCAACGGCGUGAGCGCGUGCGUUGGUGAUAGAAUCAUACUCAACGGAUGAACACCUGAGUAUACUACAUUCUCCUUCGGUUUUGUGUGCUUCAGUGUACGUAAGAAAAUGCUUCUUUGUGGAAUAAUGAAUGAUUGUGCUCCGUAACUCAUUUUGAAACCGAGGCAAAUGUAACUGGGAGAAAAGCGAGUCACUUUGUUCAACUCAGUGCUGGUCAGUGGAUUUUCUGUAAAGUUUGCGGUUGUUGCGUCAUAAUGCCCUUCGUCAUGGAAAGUUCAACGAUGUUUUCUAGGUGCUAAGUGAAUUCGGGAAGCAAAAAAAGACUUUAUGUUAUUAUGGAUUUCAAGAACUGUCAGAGAGGUGAUAACAUCAGAGGUAAGCUAAUGGUUUGCGCUUUGCUUUGACCUGAUUCGCUUUGUGGUCGUUUUAAGACUGCAGCGACUGUCCGGGCCAAACCGAGAUCUGACCUCGCUUUUUUCUUAAGCAUUUUAAAGUAUCUUUGCUUUAGAACUGCCUAUAUUUUUUUUUCAAACCUGCAUCUUGAAAGCUCUAAAGCACAUCGCAAAGCCAUGGUUUGUUUACAACCAGAAUUUUUGUCAUAGUUUAAUGUUUUUUUUAUUUUAUGAGCACUUCAUCGCAUUUUCUCGAGUUUUUUUAUUGUUUUGUUGCGUAGAUUUUGAAGUGAUGUUUUAAGAAACAGACUAUUUUACAGUUUUAGGCAAUAGUAUGCUCCUGAUGUAAGAAAAACUUGACCAAAAAAUGAUGUCGGAGGAAGUUGGGUCUGAAGUGCCACGUAAACAGGACAGCAAAGCGGAAGAAAACAACUCCAAGGUAAUCGUAUGUAAAUAGGCGUAGUAUUUCAAGAAGAACCCAGAGGAAACGUUUUGGGGAUGUUCACAUUCGAAUGAAAAUGAUAAAAUAUUUCUGGACAUGUAUUGUUUUUGAAACAGCCAUUGAGGCCGUUUUUCUUAAUUUACUUCCUUUCAUCUAUGGUAAGUCUGCAGUUUCAAGUGGAUCUUCCGACGAAUUGAAGAGGAACGCUCAAUCCGGUAAGAGAAUGUUUUUAAAAAUUCGGCUUUAUACCUUGAAACUUGCUAGGUAUCGUCGAUAACGCAAGGGACUUAAAAGGUUCUCUUCCACUGUCAAAUGGACUACACAGGGAAAUGCGUCGUAUUCGUGUGAACUUGAACAGAUUCGGCACGCCUAUUUUCAAAAGUUUUUAGGGUGUCUGAAAGUUAUCUGCCUUUUUGACUUUGUGGCGUGAAUUUGUCAACCUUUUUUUUUAGUUUGAUUUUGCUGAGAGGGAUUGAAAAUAUAUUUAAAAUAAACCGACAUUUCUUGACAUAACUCGGUCGCACUCCUUGGAUUUCGAUCUCAGGUCUCUUUUUUUUUUGGCUGAUACCUUAUUCAUGUUCCACCUACAGUUUUCAUUGACCCAACUGAAGAGUGACCCUGAAGCGACUUUAUUUUCUUUUUUAUUUAUCAUUUUAGCAGAGAACCUCACAGCGGAUGAAACUGAGUCAGUGAGAGUGGACUCCAAAGAGGAUAAUGAAGUCUGUCACUCCUUAAGGUCUGUUCAGGCAUUGUGGGUAAACUGCGAUGUGUAUUCCAUCGUGCUGUACUGUGAGGGUCUCAUGGAGAUAACCGAUAGCCAUAAAACGGCCAAAAAAUUAGCCGUUAGGUGUAAAUUCACAAAUUUUAACUGUCACUCGUUAAAAAAAAAGAUAAUAGUAAAAAUUAUUCUGCUAAUAGGAACGAAGAGAAAAUAAUAUUCAGCCGUGAAAACCAUCACCCACCCCCCUCCCUCCCUCAAAUCCUGAGGUCCUCCAAUGUGGCUUGUACAGCCGAUCUUUGAACAAUAAAUGUACGUUAUUCGCCAGCCGGGAGGUCCGUAUUGGGAAAACUAUGCCCGAGGUCUUGAGUACCGCCCGAGGCCGUAGGCCAGUGAAUAACAUUUUUUUUUUUUUCAAACUUAACGAAAAUCUUUCUAAAAAGAACCCGAAUGAUUUAGGGCUGUAUUUACGAAAAGAUCUUCAUAAACUGACAAAUUUUUGAGCGAGUAAAUGGUCGUUAAAAUAGAGGUGAUACAAACUGAAGAGAGAGGCUUCACCGAAACAUUUUCCUUUGCGUAAUGAUAAAGGAAAACAUUAUUAUUAUGAAACAUUAUUUUUACAAGUAUCUGUCUCAAUCUGACACCUGUCAAUUAGAGAGCGCGUAAGAAAAAAAAGCGCACGUGCAUCUUUGAAAAAACAACGGAACUAGUUUGGCAAGGACUGUCACGACAAUGUUUUCAUAAAAAACAGUCAGUGAUUUUACGAAAAGUAUUAUUCACUCUCAUCGACGAUUAAUUGAUGUUCGAAGAUUUACCUCUGCGCAGUAAGUAAAUGGCAAGGAAAGUAUUUGUAAGUAAAUUCAAAUUCUUUAUUUUUAAGUUGUGAGAGUUUGCUCGUUUGCUUGCUGCAAUGGCGUGUAUAAGUCUGCGUCUUUCCUCCGUCGUCUUGAAUAAGAAACUUAAACUUGACACAAGGGGGUUUAAUGCGGCUUUUUCUCGCUGAAUUCAUUUAGUUUCUGUUUUCCAGUUUACGGAACAAUUGUCUAAAUUGAACUGACUUGAAAAGACUCACCGAAAGCGUGUUUGUAGUAGAACUGAAAACUUCGCUCGCCCUUUCACUACGAACAAAUUCUUUGAGAGAAUUCAGAUAUUGAAUGAAUGAAAGUUCCAUCGACUAAUUCAAUUGUAACCAAAUACCUCACGUUUUGAUUGUUGAGGUACUCUUUGUGAAAGAUUUCAAUUAAUUACAGACGGUUUUUAGGCCGCCUGUCAACCAAUUUAAUUACACAGGUAGUGACCAACGUCUUCGCAUAAAAAUGCUGCCCAGCCGGAAAAACCAGAUAAAUUUAUGAAAAUGGCAAAGGGGGAAGGGAUGUACUCGGUGACUCACGAAAGCGUUACCGUGCCCGUGUGCAGAGAUAGGAAAAUACGAUAUAUAAAAAUAAAAACGCGAUACUGACCUGAUGCUUCUAGAUUCUCCUUACUUCCCGAUACCGGGAAUGAUUUCCAAAGAAGAAUUCAGAGGCGUCAACAUUUACUUAAUUAAGCGCCGUGGCGUUUUCUUGUCGCAGCUAUUUGGGGCGCUUCAUAUUCUUCUUAUUUCAAAAGAUGAAAGUAGAACGAGAAAUUGUCAAUAUCAAAGAAAGGAACAUAUUAAGUAUAAAAUAUCACCAAUUGUCCCGUUUUGGUGGGAAAACGGGGUUGUCCUUAGAAUAGCUUGUACUGAAUCUUGGAAUAUGCCUGAUGGAAUAUGUCUGUGGUUCCACUCCUUGUGGGCGUGUCAAAUCUUCUCAAAAUUAUUUGUGGUGUUUCCUUAUUUACUUUUUUCAUCAUAGUUCACGUUUGGUUUCCAAGUCCUCAGCAGCAUUUCCUGUUCGUCGAGUGUCCUCUUUCACGUAUCUUAGAGACGUCAAAGGAAGAAUGAAGUCCAGUGCAAAACACUGUAAAAGUGAAGGAAACAUCUCAAGUAUUGAGUUAGCUCCCUCACUUAAUGGUUCAAAGUGGCCAGAGUUCUUAUGCAGCAACCAUACUGGUCAGGAGCACACCAGUGAAUACGAAGUGGAGGGUGUAGAAAUUCAAACGAUAAGUGAGGAAAUGGUAAGUGGUUAUUUAUGAUGCUGAUGUAAAGGAUGCUUUGUAAAACCAAACCUUCUGUAAUCUCAUGGGUAAAAUAAUUGAUCAUGAAAUAAGUUUUAUCAAAUGUUUCCUCUGUGAGUAUAACUUAUUCUCCUUUGCACGACCUGUCUGCUUCCUUUCGCCAGCAGGUACAUGCAUACGAGUUUGCUCCAGAUGCAGGAAAAGAAAAGAAACAUUUCAUUGACUGGCACUGAUUAUCACAAAAUGGUUAUUGACUGUUCUGAUUUCAGGCUUCAAAAUGUGAGCUGACUUUCACUGAACCUAAAAGGGACAAAGAAGAAGGUAAAUCAUACAACCGGUUUGACUGAUUAAUAUUUCUUAUGGGAGAAGCAUCUUUAGAAACCAGAUAAUUUCUAUACCAAACUUUAAAAAAAGGAUAAAAAAUUAACAACUUACCGCGUUAUGAGAUUCCAAAGAGUAACCUGAGAAUACUCUUUAGCUGUCUUCAUAAAUGUAAAAAAAUUCUGUUAUGAACGCCGUCAUUUUGAAAAUAGCUGUGAUCGGUUUGCACGUAAAAACCACGAAACGCAGUUCUUUGGUUAUCGAAAACAAAAUCAUAAUAUUUAAUUUAACUUAGAAAGUCAUUUUGUGAUAUUCCUAAUUAAUCAAACGGCCUUCCGAGAGAUGAAAGAAAGGGUAUAGAAAUUUUACUAGGACGAUAAAAGGUGACAGCCUCCGUGGUCGGGUUUUAAGCACAUUUUAAGACAAUUUUUAAAAGCUUAAACCACGCUCUUUUGAAAUCUCAAACACAGCUAAACUCACAAUAUCAUGUGCACUUUUCGAUUAGGAGAAAAAAAACUACACAACUUUAAGGGCAUACUUCUUAAAAUGUAUGUGCCGAAUUCUUAUUUUCCUUUAAAGAGUAGAUACCACCCAGUCUUUUCUUUAACCUAGCGCAUUGACACUUAUUUAGGUUUAAGUUACUUAAAAUUGCUCUCAAAAUUUUUAAGGCCUGUUAUUGACUUAAAUAGCAGUGGUCACCAAAUUAAAACCAAUGGCAAAUUGUUUAUGUUUUAUAUACAAGGCGUUAGUCACGUGCAAUAAUACCAGGCUUCAUUGGUUCUUCGUUAUUGUUUGGCUUAUUUUUGUUCCGAUGGCGAGCUUACGCUAUGGGUAUACGCAACUGAACUGCUGCUGAAACCAUUUACUUUGUACUUAAGUAGCAAAGGCCUUGUCCACCAACUCACAGCAAAAGCUACAAAAUUUGAUUUUAUGUCCUGGCGUUAAAAAAAACUAUAAUUUUAUUUGUGCUAAACUCGGGGAAGUAGAAUUCAGCUGGAUAAAAUGAAACUUAACACUCAUAGGUCUCUUCAGUGUUGUUCCAUACAUAGUGGUGUGAUAUAAAUUGCUCUCAUCAAACUAGGAAAUGAAGUUACGGCAGAUGAACAGCCUCAAGUUACACGAGGACACGUUUACCAGAAUUUUGACUUCGAGAGGUAACUAGUUGCAAAGUAUCUACAAUGGUAUAACUUGCGAUCGAAAUGUAUUACAGAUAUGAUUCAUUUCCCGGAGAAAUGUUUGUUUUGAAACUGAAACCAAUCAUAAUGGCCAAUUAUAUAAUAAGCUCGAGAUUUCAAUCGCGUGAUAGUUGAUGAGGACGACGCUCAAAUCAGCAAUUGCUUGAACAUAGACGUCAAAGUUUUCACAAUGUGGACAAUGCAUCUCCCGGCAUGGAAAGGGGAGAUCCAAAAUAAUUUUUUUCUCUCGAUUGAAUUCUUCUUGGGUGUUCUUCCUGAGAACGUGUUUAUUUUGAGAACAAAGGUGAAAGAUAAAUAAUACUCGACGGGAAAAUAUGCCACCAUAGAAAAGACUGGAAAUUGACUGUGGAGAUACCAUUGAGGCCACUGUUUGAUUAAAAAAUGAAACCGUUUAAAAAGAAAUAUAAAUUUUUUUUCGACUGGUAAUUUUUAAUUGAAAUUACCAUCAUGAUGUUAUUUUAAAAAUCUUAUUUUAUUUCUAAUUUAAAGACCGCAGUUAACUAUAGAAAAGUGUUCGCUUAAAAGGAGGCAAGGAGGAUGGUUUAUAGUGCAUUAAUAUAUUUGCCAGAAACAAGUUAACAGAUGGUUACUGUUUCUUCCGUUUUCACAGAGUGAUUGAUUACGAACAAAGACAACGUUCGCAGAGUGAUUCAACCGACUUAAACUCUUCAGGUGCCUUCACUGCCGAGAAGCUCAGGAAAACACAAAGCUACACAGUAUUUCCCCACAUCAAUAAAAACUCCACAUGCUCAGAUGACGAACCUUCCUUCAACCUUUACCGAACAUCCUGCUUCAGAGUUAUGCCCCAUCUAUCAGAAGGCUCCUUCCACAAUGAAUAUUUUCCAACAAUCUCCGUUUUGUCUCGUUCGUCCCAGUUUGAAAAUUACCCUUUGAAUAUGACUUGUGAAAUCAGUAGCGAAUCUGACGAUUCCGUAAGGGAGCUGGAGGUAAACAACCAAACCGUGCUUCAUACGUGGCGAAGGCCAGCCCAGAGAACUAUGUCCUACUCAGAACCUGCUCCGGUUGAGCCCGAGGGACGGGUCCGAACAUGGAGCCUACCUGAUUUGGAGGAGAAGCGUUCAAGAGGCCAAGAAACGAUGCACAAAGUUAAAGCGUCUCCAUCGCGGCUUCAAUUUCCCGAACAAUCGUUGAAAAACCUGAGAGAAGAACGCAGUUUAUCUUCGCUGGGACACACCUCAGAGGCAGUUAGGUCUCGUUCUUCGUCAGUGAUGUCACUUGUGGAUAAUUACGACAGCCAAAUUUGUGAUCAACAUUUUUCAUCCCAAGAGCCUCUUGAAGCUGAAGAAGUGAUGGGUCACUGGGUAAAUCGCAAUCGAAGACAAUCUAUAUCCAAACAGCCGUCAUUCUUGUUGGUCAAAGAGGUCGACGAAGAAAACGAAGCUAAGGUGAGGGUAACGAUUUAAAUUUUAGAAUUUUAACAAGCGCUUCGUAACUAGACUACAAGCAGUCCCUCCUUUUCGGCGAAUUCCGUCGCGCGAUUAAAAAAAACAGUGAGGCAACUCCCAGUGAUCCCUGUGGUGCGCUACCAUCAAUAUUUUAAAACCGUCCUUUUUUUAACUCGCGCGACAGACUUCGCGGAGGAGGAGAGACUGCUCGUAGUCUAAGAACUUACCAGAGUGGAUCCAGAAAUGUCAAACACGAAGCGAACAGGUAAUUUAAAAUAUGUGACUUCUAGCAAGGUUGACUGGUUAUUUAAAAAAUGUGACUCCGGGCAAGGAUCGUGCCCUCGGCCUCGUUUAUCGUUUUUUUUUUUUAUAAUACUCCUUAUCUGUGGAACCUGUAUUAAGCGGUCACCCAGUAUUAAACUGUCAACUCACCAUUCCCCGUGGGUGGCCGCAGAGCUAAAGAGAGCUCGUUAGUGAGUGGGGCUAUCACAGUUGGUUCGUUUGUCCGACAAGUGCCCCAUAUAAUGCUAAAUGCAUGUUACGCCCCAGGUAAAAAACAUAGUUCCUUUAAUUUUUUUGUUUGAGGUAAAGCUGUAAAACUCUAAAAACAGUUGUAUUCGAUUAUACUUUUCAGGAUCGUAAGACUCCUUCAGCUGUUUCUCUUGUAAACGAAGUUGCUGAGCAAGUCUUGAGUUCUCACGAAAUGGUAAGAUUUGAAAAGGUAAAAAUAAAACAAGUAAAUAAGACAAUCGUAACAAAAAUUUCGCUAAAUUUUAAUGAAGAAGUUUAGAAGUGAAAGGCUUGUCUUUCGUGAGCGCCCUCUUGAGGUCUUAGAAGGGACCUUUAGCAGUUAGGACGGCAACGCUGAGGAAGACGUCGAUUUAAAAAUAAGCAUAUUUUUAGCUGGAAUCUCGUGAAGUACUGGAUGUGCCUAUCAUCUCUAACGGUGCCACGAGUUAAUCUCAGCAUAACGUAUGAAAGCGGCAUAGAGUAGUAAAUGGAAACUUAAAUAAUGUGCCGUCGGGUUCCCCGCUCUUGAGACCGCGCAAAUUUUGAUGAUUUCAAGUUGUUAUUUUGCAGAGAACGGCAAAGAAAUGUACACAUUUUUUAAAAGGCACGUGCUGAGCUAUCGUUCUGCUCAUUAGAUCUUUUGUUUGCCACCUCCUCGUUGCCGUCGGCGGGAUAUUUUCUCUUCUUCAAUGGCAAGACACUUCAUUCCCUUGGCGCUUUUGCCUUCUCAGGACUGUAAAUAACAACCAGCAAACUCAAUCAAUCAGUCAAUCAUUUCAUUAAUGUCAUAGUUUGAAAUAAGGUUGCCCUGUAUAUCCGAGCCAUAGGCUCACGUGUAAAAAAUUAAAAGCUGAGCACAUCAAAUAUGAAUUACAAAUGAAAUAUAGUAAGUAUAAGAAUAUACAGAUAAGUAAUUAUAUUGAAGUACUUCGUUCAGACCACAUUUAGAUAUAAAAAUGGUAUAAAAUAGUAUUUUUACAUUCCUUAGUUAGAUUAUCAAAUUAUGACGCGGUAAGAGAAAGCUGAUUCCUAAAAAGUGACACCUUAAAAGCAAACGAAUAAUGGAAUAAUUUUCAGUAAUGUUAUUUUUAUAGAGUGUUUCAUCAGAAAGCGGUAAUGAUGAUGUGUCAACAGUGGGGGCUGCUGUCAGGAUGUGGAGGACUAAGCAGAGUGAACGUAGAGCAACAAUCGCCUCAGACUCCCCUCUGAAUGACAUUCCUAAGUAUGCGUCAGAAAUAGAGCAACAAGCGUUUAGCAGGAUCAAGCAAUGGAAGAACAGCUUUGCUCUGAAAUUGAACAAUGUUCUUGGGGAGCGAUUUCAGGAAAUGGUAGCGAAGAAGGAAGAAGAAUCAUCGCGAAAGAAGAAGCCAAAAGUUUUAAACGUUCCCAUGAACUUGUCUGAUCAAGAAAUAGGACAACUGAGAAACAAAAUACUGCUAGAAUUGAAGCAAAAAACAGCUGGGGGCGGCAGCCAUGAAACCCUAACAGACAAUGACGUCCUCCUUCCACCCACGCUUCCCAUUCCGCGAGUUAAAUUUCCAAGAAAAGCAUCAAGUGAUCAGAACCCUGCAGAUUUAAGGGCUCAAAUGAUGAAGGAAUUAUCACAUCGUGUUUCGUCUGUUUUGGACGACGAGGAGGCUACCCACUGCUAUAGACCAUCAUCUUUAGUGCCAGUCUCCACAAAGAACUCGCUCCGAGCCAAACAUCAAAAUGUUGAUUACAUACCCCAUGGAACUGGUUACAAAUUAUUGGAUCCUGAUGGUAUUUAUGACUUGUUAAACUGGCACGAGACCGAGAGAAAGCGCUUGAAAGCUGAGUUAGAGGGGUUACCGCAAGCUGACUUACAAGGAAGACAGGUGGGGUAUACCUAUAGCAAUGUGUGCUUUGACUGGUACGUAGCAGAGGAGCGGGUCAGCCUCAAUAGCAACGGGUAUUUUCUGUCAGUCUAAAAUGAGGGAAGAAGGCUGUUUCUUAGCCUUGACAGCAAUAUAGUAAAGCUGUGGGGACUUCAAAAACUCAUCAUUGGAGUGGUUGUGACUAUGACUUUGCUAAUUUUGACCAAAACUUUUUGAAGGACUACGCUCAUCGUACCAACAGACCUCUCAAAACAAUCGUUUUUGCACAAUUUGUUCAAAAUUAGAAUGCAAAUGAUAUUUUUCUCCACAGAAGGUUCGAAGAACACGAACGUAAUUUCAUAGACAGCCAUUGCCUAUAGCAUUAACCUCAGCUAGAAGGAAUUACAAUAAAUUAUGAUUAACCAACUCCUCUUUGUUAAAAAAAGUUGACUGCGAAAAUGUUAAAGUCUUUGAUAGGGAUUAGUCAUGCAAUAGUUUAGUCUUAGUAAAUACAUACUGAAUAAUCGCAUUUACCAAGUGGAGUAGAGAUGUUUUGAUUCCUUUUUCAUCAUCUUUAGGUGGUCAUUGAUAGAGACGAUGCUAAUAAAGUUCUUCAUUCGAUGUUCAAAAUAAUGGAAGACAUUUUUACGGGGACGAUAAAGCGUUUCAUGGGGUCAGAAGAAUCAGUAGUGACCGUAGCCACAUCAGACAAUGGAGGCAAAGCUAAUUUAUCCAACACGACGGGAAUUGGAGAGCAAACUCAAAGUACCAUUUCAGGUCUGGCAUAUCGAGCUACGAAAACUGCAAAGUCACAUUCAAUAAUACUAUAACGCUGUGUAGAAAACCACUCCUUUCAGUCGCAAAAUACUUUUACUGCAGCCCUGGAAUCCAGGCCCCUAAGACGAUGAAUCCAAUUACCAUUUAAGGUUUAUUGUUAAUAUGGUGAUUCAAGUCCUUUAACCUCCUUUCCGCUUCUGGUUAAGUUUUAAUGCCAAGUUUUUUGUUUUGACAGGUCAGGUUUUUUGUGUCACAAAAUUUGCCUCGUGAAACUUGAUUUGGUGUACUCGAUCCAGGUCUCCUGACUCGCUCUCAUACCUAUAAACGUGGUUUAUUACAUCUUUAUGUACAUCUCAGUACAGAAGAGAAAAAUGUAGCAUCAGCAAGCUGUCGAGGACGUACAUUUUUAAAUUUUGGGGAUAGAAUUGAGACGCUAAGGUGACAAGUUCAUGUUUGUAAAGGAGUUGUUUUCUUGAAUCUUCAGAAACUAAAAAGAAUGAAGAGCCUCAGGAGACUGAUGACGCGAAAUCUGAUACUGAAGUGGAAACCGCCCGGGUAAGUAUUCUUUUUUUGCCAGUUCGGUUUCUUCUUUGAAGAUCAAAGGAAAAUGUUAUCGUUAAACCAACCGGGUAGGAUGUUAAAAUGCCAAACAGCCAAUAAGAACUCAACGAUAAAACGAAUGAUCGCGCAGGCGAGAAGGUUAGGUAGUGGGGCGAGUUUUAUAUUGCAAUUACAGAACACAAUAUGCAAUACCAAGAUUAUUUGUGAUUGCUAUCGGCACUUCUUAGGACUAUUCCAAUCUAAAUAAUAGAGCGGAUCUUUCACUUAGAAAGUACUCAUUUUUUUCAGUUAAGUGAAGGACGUACGCAUACCUCUGGUGAAAGCAUUUUUUCCCAAACUGGAAGUAUCGAGAGUCUGUCAAGUGAAUCAAGUGCUGAGCUACCUUCGUCAGAAUCCUCCAUGACAGGAAUAAGUUUUUCUUCUUCUAGUGAUGCUGUAGAUGUAUGUGACGGUCCAAAUACAAAUGCAUCAAGGAGCUAUAAUAACAUUGCUGUUUCAGUUAAUAGUAACUUAGUAAGUGCGUCGUUAAGUCAGGAGGCCGACCGAGAAAGUAAUAGGGAGCACAAACGGGCGGCUGAUGGUCUCACAACACGUGGAAAAACUGAUGGUCUCACAACACAUGGAAAAGCUGAUGGGUCAGAUAAAGAUCAAAUUGUUAGAAUCGAAAGCAUUGAGUUUUUCCUUGAACACAGGCAAGACGACGCAAACGAGGACAUGGUCGCAAGGCCAGGGGAAGAGCUAUGCGACAAAUUUCCAACUCUACACUCGUCUAAAAAUACAACUGAGCCCAAAGAACUCACCGGGCAGACUAUAAGUCCCAUAGCUUUUGAUAGCAAUUAUCAGGGUCAGAACCGUGGAUUUGGGGAAACUCUUGAAAAUAAGACAGCUGUUGAGGAUAUGUUGCAGCAAGAGUUGGAGACUUUAGAAAACGAGCUGAACGUUGUCAAGGAGAGGGCAAUAGGUGGACUAUUGGCAACGUCAAACUCGUCUGAAGAAGCAAGUCUACUAUGUACCUUUAAAACUGAAUCUACUGACACAACAAUUGAACCCCUUUACCUGAGGAAACAGAAUGAGAACUCUGACGAAAAAGUCUAUCAAAUGAAGAUCCAAGAGCUACAAGAAACUCUUCAAAGGAAAACAGUUUAUGGGGAAGUGUUAGAGGAAGAAAUUAAGUGUUUAAAAAACGAUCUGAGUAGUGUUAAGAGCAACUCUGAAUACUGGUUUGAUCAGUGCGCUAAGAAAAAGGAAAAAAUCCAGGAAUUACUUAUCAAUACUCAAGACGUGACCUCCCUCAACUUUGAAUUGCGCCGGGAAAUUAGCCAGAAAAGUAAAGUUAUAAACGAAAGAGAUGAGGAAAUAAAGAGACUUAUCAAAAGUAAGACUGAAGCAGAGAUACUUUUGCGAGAGGUAAAGGAGAAACUUUCAGAAGCUCAUAAGGAGACACAACUUUUGAAACUAGAGUUGGCGCAAAUGAAGGAAGAUAAAAGGUCAACCGCUUUCCAAACUGAUGGUAAGGUUCUUACAAAGUCUGACAUUCCAAAUGACAACCUAAGAACAAUUUACAAAGAAAAAACACGCUCUCUCGUUUCUAAUCCCGGCGAACAAGUCAUACCAUCGAAAGUUGAAUAUUCAACGCUUCACCAAGGGUUCAUGAGCUCAACCAGUAAGGAUGAGAGGCAACAAAGCACGGUUGAUAGAGAAGAGAUAGCAACUAAUGUCAGGAAAGCAAAAAGUACAUUUUCCGCAAAAGAUGGAAACAAGGGAACCCAAUCAUCAUGGUUACCUACGAGAGCCUUUCUGGAAUCAAACUGUCCAAUGACCAGAGAUCCAGAGAAAACUAAGAAAGCCGUAAGAGAAUGGCUCAAUAAUAUCAUACGGGAGGCGAAUAACAAAUUGACCAGAGAGCAAAAAAUCAGUAAUUUGGAAAGCACUGACGACAAUGAAAGCAAAAAAUACUUCGAUGGUGGAAAAAAAAGAGCGAGUUGCUCUCUGAGAGAGACAGUAGCUUCCUUUCAGGAAAAGAUCUCGAAGGAUGAUUCAAAACUUAUGGAGCAACACCACGAAACCUCUUCCUCUCGCCUGGGAAAAAAAACCAGGAGGCUUGACAGACAGGAGCCAUUUAGAACUGCAGAACAUGCCACAAAAGAAUUUUUUGUUUCCAAGCGAAACUUGGCAACUGAACAGCAUGCUAUACAACAGGAUGAGGUAACCGCGGUUAGAAAAGACUCAAACCUGGCGACUCAUUAUUCACUUGAUUCCUGUAUUGAACCAUUUGAUUCCCCCUUUCUUACCUGUUUCGACGUCGUGGACGUUUCAACUGCCGACCCUAUUGACUCUGUUGAGCCAUUUAGUGAAGUUUUUCUUCCGUGGUUAGAUUAUACAGACGCUGAAUACCGGACAAACACGGAGGAUUUACGGCGAAAAGUUAGGAGGGAGGGUCAACAUUCUACACACAAAGCCGGUCUCAACAAAUUCUUCUCAUCAAGCGAUGCAAAGAAAACGAAGCCCAGAGAAUUCAAAAUUGAACAGCUCAUAGGUAUGCGAUAUUAGAAUAUUGAUACGCUGAUGACUUAUGCUUUGUAACAUCACGUUCAAGCAGCGUUACUUUUUCUUGAGAAUGAAAUUUCAGAGGGAAGCCAUGCUCAAUGGGAAAGUCACAAUAUUUCAUUCGUUUUUUACAUUGUUCAUUGUUCGCCAAAGGCGAAAUGGAUAUCGAUGGAUAAUCCCCGAGAUGAAGGCGACACUAUUCACUGACCCUGAGACGAAUAAUUGUUUUAGUAUAAUUGCUCAGGUGCUUUUGAAUUCUUUUGUAAAUUUGUUUUGUGGUUGAAACAAUUCUGUAAUCGUUUUGAUUACUGGUAUUGAGAUAAGCAGCCAUUUUCCAUUAGAAUUAAAUAGGUUCAUAAUUUAAUUUAAUCUGCAACUACUUUGUGUCUCUUUUAAAAAGUGUUUGGAGAGUGUUAAGUUACACUUAUGGCAUCCUUUCUGCUCUUCAAAAUCGAAUUUUACUCUAUCGCAUUUCUCACUCCUUGCGUAACAUGAGAGUGAGUUAGCAAAAGGACGGGAACGGGAACGUCAUUUCAGAGCGGGAGAGCGCGCGGGUAGUCUGAACAGGACACUUUUUUUCGACUUCCGGUGUUGGCAUCGUCGUUAUAUUCAACAAAUUCAGGACGUCAUUUCGCUGGUUUUCCCGUGCGAUCGAAACGCGUGGGAUUUGCGUAAAUUGUGCACUUGUAAACGAGAAAACAAUGAUUGGAAUUAAUCCAAAACUCAUUUCUAGGAUAAGUAGGUCCCCUUUCUUGUUGUAUUUAGUGUAGUUGUGAAAAUUUAUCGCUACAUUUUUGCCAAGUGAGUGAAUACUUUGUGCAUUGAAGUCAGAAUAACAAUUCCAGAAUGAGCUCGGUUUGCAUUUUUUAUGUCUUAAAUAUUUGAUCAGCGCCGAUGAAAACGAGGACAAGAGAGUCAUGCUCACGCUUUUAAGGAAAUGACAAUUAAUUUCAUUCGAUGAGUCAUUCCAAAUUUAUUAAUUUAAUUACGUCUUGAACGACUUAAUUAGUUGAAAGAAACAGGAAAAAAACCGAAGUCUUAACCGUUUCAAUGGUGACCAGCUAAUAAUAAUUUCAUUCUUUCAUUGUUAAACAAGAAGUCAUCGUAAACAACUCCAUCGCACGUUCGGUCGCAUGGUUUCUAUAAGGUUUCGCCAUAUAUCAGUUCAAAAUGCAUUGUAGUAAUGAAGGUAGUGCUCAAAAGAGAUGUACUGUCAUAAAUGAGGAGAGAGAUUCAGUAAAAAAGGGAGAGAACGACUGUCAUGACGAUUUCCAAAAUAUACUUUGUAAAAUUAUGAAGAAGAACGAGUAGCACUAAAAUCUGGUGGCACGAAACGAAAUGACAUUCAAGAUGAUAUUCAAGAACAAAGAUAGCGCUGACAACGACAGCCAAGUCACUUCUGAAACACAACGGGGCGAUGUACUCGACCCAGUUCCUUACCGGUCUUUUUGCUCCGCGCGUCGUUGUCAACUGACGUUUCCGUUCUCUUCCUAAAUGACUCUUAUGACGAAACGCGUGGCAGCGAGUUUGAAAUUUAAUUCCCCUGCCAUAAUCGCCUCCAAGGUGAUUAUAGCGACAUGACACGAUCCUCGACCAAUCAGAGCGCAUUCAUCUUUGUAAUGAUGGAGCAAUUAUACUAAAAAUAGCCACCAAUGCAACAAACUGUUAAGAAUAUUUCUCACCCAAAGGGAAUAGUGGUCCCUCAAUGCCAUGAAAACUGCCAUGUUCUGACUUACUUCACAUGAAAUUGAUAGAUUAAUAAUGAGAUAGUGAAUAACAUGUUCUUUUGGUACCCACUUUCCACAGCCGAUGAGAUGGACUUGUUACCGAGUAGUAAUAAAGAAACCUGUUCAAAAGGAGCUCAAAUCGAGCGAUAUUGCCAGCAAAACACCGAAGAAAGAAAAAAAUUACUCACCCACAAAACUUCCGUUACAACGAAGAAAACAGAUGAAUCAACCUCAAAGCACGAAAGGCCUGAUUCUAUCAGGUACAAGCCCUCCGGUUUUGAACAAUUUGAAAAGGUAAAUCUUGAGUCACUUUACGCACUGCAAGGCUCGUUUGGUGCUGAUAGUCGUGCUGACACUCUUUUGGUGGAUGAAACGGAAUUAAACGACUCACUUGGGUUUUUGAUGGGUCUCUACGAGGUUACACCGCUUUCGGAUGAAUUUAACACUGUUGAGAAAGAUAUUGAGCGUUUACUAGUUAACUUAGAUGCCAAAACGAGAAGCCUUGUUGACUCAAAAAGGGAACAUUCAAGUGCUUUAGAAAAGGUUUUGACGCUUAAACUGGUGGAGAGUAAAGUUAUGGUUGGAAAUAACAAUGGUCUUAUCGACUCUAUAAGUGCAGAGAUUAAGCUUAACAAAGAGAAGUUUGGGAACGAAAUUGAAAGAGGAAACAUUUCCAAUGUGCCUCAAAUUCAUGAAGAAGUGGAAACGUCAGUUACAUAUCCAGUGGUUGAAAAAGGUUCAAGAAUGACAAAAAAGCAACGAUUUGUGCCAGAACAACACACUCGUGUAGAGCUUCCUCAUCGCACAUACGAGCAAGACGAUGAAAGUGACGAGCAAAACAUCGAGGGAAGAAAUGGCUAUGGAACAGAAUUUGUUGAGGAAAAAACGGUCGACGCUGAACACUGGAUUUGUAAUCUUUUUAAAGGGAUCGGCGCUGUAGAAAAAAUGAAUAAGUUGAAAACAAAUGGCACAGAGGAAAGCGAAAAUGUAACAAGGAAAAAAGUUCGUCAAGGUCAGGAAACGGAUUUGAAAGAUUUUUUUCCAAGCUGGUACCUUCCGGAAUCUGUUGAGUUUUUAUCUUCUCUGAACAAAAGAGUCAUUGCAAAUGAGAAAAGAUGGAGGGAUGGUUCACAUGUCGCUCCAAACAACUGUGAAAGAAGAGGAAACGUUCAUUCAGGGAGUGAUAGCACAGGGACCAAAAAGUUCACCGAAACAAUUCCUUUCGGUCAUAAAAGGCAACAAAGAAAAGCUGAGAGAGAUUUUCGUCUUGCCUUAUGGCAAGAAAAGAACGCUCUUUUGCGAGACGAAAACGGCGAUCCAGUCAACACCAACAACAUCGAUGGUAGCCUUCAGGGAAAGAUUGGAGAGAAGUUUAAAAGGGCCUCUCGCUUCAGAGAGGAGGAAACUUAUAAGGUAAUAUUAAUUUUCUUAAAGGUUAUAAGGCCAUGCAACAAUAUGCCGCCUUAUCCUCUUCUCGCGCUCUAA